ACCGCGAAGCGACUCUAUUCAGAUCUUCGCGAGAGGGGUAUCGCCGUUAAUGAUUUCCACUUCGCUUGGAUUAUAGAGAACAGUUCAAGGUAUAUCAAGGCAGAGGCGCGAUUUUCUGACAUGCCCUUGUCAAGUUGUCUCCAUAUUGGAAGCCUCAAUUAUGCGUCGUUCCAGAUAUAUCCACGCAAACAUAUUGGAUGCGACCACAUUUGCGACACAGUUGGACACUUGCAACCAGACAGAUGGUUCUUUUUUAGUUCUUCAGAAGAUCGGACAACUCUAUUCCUCAUUCCAGUACACAGUCAGGUGGUUGUUAAAAAGGAAGAAUAAUGUGCCCACGUGAUGUUGCACGUGCUGGGUCUCCUACCAUGUUUCCUUUGAGAUCUGGACCUACUGGAAUCUCCAUCUAAUCUCUUUCUCUUAGCAAACCAACCGCCAACUCUGAUAAGUUUGAUUGAAAAUUGCUGGUCAUCUCUCUCUGCUUUUGCCUAAAAGGCCCAUUCAACUUGCAAUGGCGCCACUAAUUUACCUAUGCCGAUAGCUCCCGCUUAACCCAUGGUUGGCGAGUCGAGAUCACUGGAGGCGCUCCGUCUAUUCCCGAUGUCUUUCAUGGAAUGAUCAAUUUUCACUACUGACACUUUUAUCUUCAUUCAAGCUGAGAUGGAUCUGUCACAAGUCGCGAUCCAAAAACCAUUGUUGUCUGGUAUGGCAAAAUCCGCCGCCAAUGGCCCAGAUCUGUUUGGGCACGGGGGCUAGAAUUGCCAUGGCUAUUCGCGAUCUCUCAAUGAUUGGCGGAUUGAACGUCUUGGGACAAUGUGAUAUCGGCGAGGCCUCUGAUUCGUCCACCAUACGCCUUCAGCAGGGGAUCUUCAACGACACAGAUCUCAGCGAAUGGUUCAUGUCAGGGACCAACCUGAAAGGCCAUCACAUAUCGCCCAGGCUGAGCCAUUGUUACCGGAAAUUCUGGCACAAGACCGGCAGUUGUUCCUUCGAUCCUGGAAUCAAGUGAUUGCAUGACAGGACAUACAAGUCUGAAGAAGGGUCUUUUGAUGCGUUUGAACUUCCUGUGAUGAUCAAGACAAGUCUGUCCUCGAUCCUGUCGCACGGCCACCAGGGAGUUUCUCAAUAAUUCCUAACAACAAAGACAGCCACCAUAUUCAUCAAUACAAUGCUAUAUUCUCGUUCAUACCAUGGUGUCUGAUCAAGAUCGACCCCUCCAUUUGCCCCUCCCCCACCAGACUGGUCCCUUUAGAUCGACGAACUGCGUCCAACAGCCCCUCCUCGUGGUGUUUACUCUGGCUUGUAUUCAGCCUCGCUCAUACCAAAAUUUGCGCCUCAUGUGCUUCUAAAGAUGUAUUGUCUCGCUCUUGUGGCCCUGUUUCUGUCCACGUGCGAGGCAUUUCUUCUAAUGCUGGUUUGUGACUACGGGCAUUUUGAAAGAGAAAAGAGUCGCAUUCCGCCUCUUUUCUGCUUCGCAGCAUGUCUUCACGACAACUUCCAUCUAAAGCACUUUGCUGCAAGUCAACAUGAUUGCUGAAGCUCUGCCCGCUCCCCUAUCGCGCUAUCCCAGCCAUGACGUCUCCAAGUUUCCUGAUACCCUGAAAGGGAAGCGAAUCCUCCUCUGCACCGAGUCAUUUGGGCCUGUCAAUGGUGUCAGUCGCACGACUUUGAUGCUUGUUAACCAUCUAAGGGCACAUGGAGCUCAGGUCGCAGUGGUUGCGCCACACAACCAUACAGAGCACAAUACCUUUACGCCGCCGCCAUCACCAACCAUGUCCCCUGCAGAUAAGCAGCCCGAAGUCAGAGUCACUGGAUAUCCUCUCCCAUUCAAUCCCGAGCUCUCUAUCGUAUACCCGGUACGCAAUUCGACUCUGUACUCAAGAACAUUUGGCGUUGAUGCUCCUCCCGAUCUGAUCUACCUUGCGUCGCCUGCGAGUCUGGGUUUCCAAGUCAUGCUUCAACUACGACAACAACCCAAGGAGAAGCAAUUACCCGUCAUCUGCAAUUUCCAGACCGAUCUUGCUGGCUAUUGUUCCAUCUUAUUUCCGGCGCCGCUGAGCCACGUUGCGGUCUUUGCGUUCGCAGCUGUCCAGAGUUAUCUAUUCAGUCACUCCUCGAUCAAGACUAUAUUCUACCCUUCGAGUUUCGUGAAACGAUAUUUGGUGGGCCAGAAGGUGCCAGCAGAUAAGCUAGAGGUUCUAACACGGGGUGUCAACACUGAGUUAUUCAACCCCCGGAUGAGAAGCGAGGACCUGCGAAAACAGUUGGCACCUAACGGCGAGAUCAUUUUCGUGACAGUCUCCCGAAUCGCUGGCGAGAAAGGCUUCGAUUUCCUGGCGAAGGCUGCAAAGGAGCUUGAUGCUCGAGGACUCAACUUCAAACUUUACAUCGUCGGCGGUAACCGCAACCCCGAUGUUGAGAAGGAAGUACAGGAGCUUUUUGAUCCUCUGAGAGAGAAGGGCAAGGUUGUCUUCGCCGGGUUUAAGGUUGGGGAAGAUCUCGCCACCGCCUAUGCCAGCGGUGAUGUUUUUCUCCAUUGUUCGGUUACAGAAACCUUCGGCCUUGUCGUUUUGGAGUCCAUGGCCAGUGGGGUUCCAGUCAUCGCUCGUGAUGAAGGUGGUCCGUCUGACAUUGUCCAGCAAGGAGGAAACGGGUUCCUCAUUUCUCCAGACGACCUCGAUGGUUUCGUAGCAAAGGCUAUGAAACUUGGUCUAGACCAUAACCUUCGUGCCCAGAUGGGCCAGGCCGCAAGAUCGUACGCAUGCGAGAUGACAUGGGACAAGAUUAACAACAAGGUUGCCUGGCGCAUGUCGGACACCAUCUCGGAAUGGAAGCGUGAGCGGGAUGGCCCAACAAACCGACUCUCAUCGCGUCUCAAGUCCCAGGAGCCCCUUAUCCCAAUCUACGGGUGGCUUAUGAUGAACGAUGCUAUUCGCGAGACAAUGACACGGGGUAUUGUCGACGCACGACUCAUGGGUGGACUGGGUGUCAUUCUAUCUUUCUGGAUGGUGACAGGGUGGUAUAUGGUCUUCACAGAAUGCUUCCUCUGGGCCAAAGGGCGAUGGAGAAGUGCAGAGAGAAGAUUGUCAAUCUCAUAGUUUGAAGUUAUGUCUUGCUGCGCGGCGUUUCGAUUAUGUGUAUGGCUUGGAGGAGUUGGAGGACCCAGUUUGCUAUGAUUCGACGUUUUCUCAUAUUUGCAUUAGACGGUCCUUACAGCGUUGGAGUUGUUACAGCUGUGCGACUAGCCUAUGGUUUCCUUAGCAUGGCCAUGUUAGAUGUUAUAUUACGAUACCAAGAAUUUCCUUACAGUUUUGACACCGGCGGGCUGAUACAACGUCAUG